AUGGGUUUUUUUUCUUCCGACACUGAACCGUUUUCUGAAACUGCUCGUUUUGUUAUUCUUUCCAUUCCUGAUGGAAAAAUAUCUCAAUUAUCUCCUUUUGCCGUUGAAAAAGCUUUGAAAGGUAUUGGCGGUAGUCCAAAAUCAGUCAAGAAACUUCGGUCGGGCGACUUAUUGAUCGAAACAACUUCUGCUCUUCAAACCAAAUCCUUUUUGCAAGCAAAAUCAUUUUUAAAUCAUCCAGUUUCUGUAACACUUCACCGAACACUUAAUUUCUGCCGUGGUGUUAUAUCUGAAAAGGAACUCUUGAGUUCUCCAGAAAGUGAAAUUCUUGAUGGCCUUGCCAGCCAAGGUGUAAUUGCAGUGAAACGCAUUUUUAUGAAAAAAGGAAAUACUCUGGUUGCCACUAAUAGUAUUAUCUUAACUUUUAAUACAACGAAAUUACCAUCCAGCAUUAAAGCAGGCUACUUAAACUGUAAAGUACGCCCUUAUAUACCCAAUCCUAUCAGGUGCUAUAAUUGCCAACGUUUCGGUCAUUCCAAGACGGCUUGUAGAGGGACACAGACCUGUUCUAGAUGUGCAACUGCUGGCCAUCAAGCCAAUGAGUGCACUGCAGACCCACAAUGUGAAAUAAAUGCAGCCAUUAGUUACAAACCAAAAAAACAGAAAAAGGAGAGACUGUCUGAAGAAGAUAACAAAGGGAGCUAA